AUUGUGAUGUCYUAUCUAGAAGUCUACGAUGAACAAAGAGAAGAAAUGCGUAUCAAUGCUUUGCAAGUGUUGAAGACGGCCAUGUUGAACUUGUGGCCAAGAGUUGAAAGACAUGCUUCGAACAUCCUCAAAGCUCUUUUAAAGCUUAUUGUUGAUUGUGCUGAUAUAGAUAAUGCAGAAGCCAAAGAAAACCUUCUUGAUUCCUGUAUACAGUGUUUAGUAGUGUUAUACCAUUGCUGCCCUGACCAUGUCCUGAGUUCGUUCCACUCUUUGAAAGAAGAAGUCAACCAUACGGAAAUCUUAUAUUGUAUUAACAAAGUACUGGAAGAAGUUACUAGMUGACACGAUGGAACAACAUUACUACAGAGGUGCGCUCUCUUGUAAGAAUUAUCGAACACUUGCUUCAAGAUUCACAUGUCUCUAGUUAUUCUCUGUUGUUCUGCUGGAACUAUCACAUUUAGAAAGGGUUUGUUUAGGGGAACUCCAGUUACUGAGGGACUAUGCAUUUGACUGUGAAUAAGGAAUCAGGAAGGGGAUGCUUCUUUACCUUACGAAGUAUUCGGUUUAGUUUAAUUUGAUUUGGUCAACCUACAGCAAUACAGAAGUUUCACUUUCUCAAAAAUUUAGCUGGCAUGCUAAAGCUCUUUCUGGAAGCAUUGAAUACUGACUGAAUGGUGUUUCAACAAACAGGAGGAGCCGGCCGGGUCCUGUUCUUCUAAAUACUGUUUAACUGUUCUUGUACGAAUGUUUUCCUAGGAAAGAGAUUUUUGAGAACUACAUUGUUGACAGUCUCACAAGCAAAUGUGGCGGCCUUCCUUCUUUAAAAUAUUUUUGUUUCUUAUAAACGUUUUUAAGGUAAAAAAAGCCUUAUAUAACGUUUAGUCUUGGUCAAAAAGUUAGGAAAUUUUUAUUUUCCUGGCAAAAAUUCUUAGAAAGUAUCCCUUCCCUGGAGAGUUCUUUUUUCCUGAAUUUAUUGCUGGCAACCAGUUGUGACUUACAGCUGGCUGGGACAUAAGAACAGAUAUAUUUCUCCCAGGAACCCGUUGGCUCCUCCUAAACAAACRCUAAGGACAUGUGUGCGUAUGGACUCGCUGAUUUCCACUACAAAGGAAACCCAAAGCCAAUGCUAAACGCAAGUCCACAAGGCACUUUUAAAAACAUCAUGAAAGACGACCCAAAUUUUAGCGCAAACCCAAUGUUUUUUCUUUAAUAUACAGCAAUAAUGAAUGUUGAGGUAGUGAGUAUGAGUGAAUAUAGGGCCACAAGUUUAUUAGUCUAGAGACUAUUACGUGCUACCCUCUCAAAAUAAAAGACUUUAUUAUUUAUUUUAAUACGGAAAUUUCAUUUUCUCAAAGUCAGUUUAGCUGGUAAAUUUAUAAUCAAUCAAAGAGCAAYAUCAGAGCAUGAAUUUAAGUUUAUUUUUCUUCCAAUAAAAUAUUCAAUUUUACAA